CCCGUCCGACUGUGAGCCUUGCCUUCCUCGGACUCUGUGAUUAGUCAGGGGGAUGUCGUCAUGAGCCCUUUUUUUUCACCGCCGACUUUUCCCCCUGUCCUAAAUGGACGGGGCCGUCCCGGUUUAUGCACAGUUCAACAGAGGCCAAAAGAUCUGAACUGCUUAUGAGUAUCGGUCAGUUUAGCGUGCGGGUGGCGUUUGGCAUGCUCGGCGCUCCGGCUGCGGCGACGCAUCGACUCGUUGUCCCAUAAACUGCUGGUCCGGGGAGACGAGUAAUUCAACCCCGUUUUUACACUAGUAAAAGAAAACCUUCAACUCCCGUUGCUUUACAGUGGCAGCUUGCAGUAUAAAUAAGGCUUCGUUAUGGAUUGUAUUUAUUUUACUAUGUACUGUUUAAUCAGCUUCAUUUUUCUGGAAUACAGGCACACUGCAAAAUCCCAUGACAAUAUCUCUGGAAAGUUAAGUGAAUAUGGUCUUACCGUGCCAUUCAGUACAGACUCCCGGGGCCGCUAUAUUUCACACGUGGUCUCGGCAGCUGCUGGAAGCAAAGGCGGCGGUUCGCCUCAUGGAACCAGACGGGUAUCCCGCAGCGCCCCCGGGACCCUUUCUUUCACCUCAGGCGGACAGCACUUGUUUUUCAAUGUCACGGUUUUCGGCAAGGAGCUGCACUUACGGCUGAAAGCCAACAGAAGACUCGUGGCUCCCGGUGCUUUUGUGGAGUGGCAUGAAGACUUUGAGGAGACGGCUAAGGAGCGCAUUCACGGGGACUGCGUCUUCACCGGGGAUGUAAGCGACAUGCCGGAGGCCUCGGUGGCUUUAAGCAACUGCGAUGGACUGGCGGGUCUGAUCCGCACUGAUAACGGUGAGUUCUUCAUCGAGCCCCUGGAGAAGGGACAGCAAGAGGAAGAAGGCAAGGGCCGCGUCCACGUGGUGUACCGCAGGUCCGCCGUCAAAGGGGAGUCGACGCAGAGAGAAGAAGACCUCCAUAACGUCCUGGACCUGCGAUCCCUGGAGCUCCCGAACGCGCUGGACGCGGUGCAGCACAAGCUGUCAGAGACGGAGCGUAAGCGCAGACAUGCCGGCAAGGAGAACUACAACAUCGAGGUGCUGCUGGCCGUCGACGACUCCGUGGUGCGCUUCCACGGGAAGGAGCACGUCCAGAAUUACGUCCUGACGCUCAUGAACAUCGUCGAUGAAAUUUACCAUGACGAAUCCUUGGGAACGAACAUCAACAUCGUUCUUGUCCGCAUGAUAAUGGUUGGCUAUCGACAGUCCAUCAGCCUGAUCGAGCGUGGAAACCCAUCACGCAGCCUGGAGCAAGUGUGUCGUUGGGCCAACACACAGCAGCGGCGUGACCCCAGUCACGCCGAGCACCACGACCACGCCAUCUUCCUGACCAGGCAAGAUUUUGGUCCCGCAGGUAUGCAAGGUUACGCACCAGUAACAGGAAUGUGCCAUCCCCUGCGGAGCUGUACCUUGAACCAUGAAGAUGGUUUUUCCUCUGCGUUUGUGGUCGCUCACGAGACUGGCCACGUGUUAGGCAUGGAACACGACGGCCAAGGUAACCGCUGUGCGGACGAGACCAGCAUGGGAAGUAUCAUGGCUCCGCUGGUGCAGGCAGCUUUCCAUCGUUACCACUGGUCCCGCUGCAGCAAACAGGAACUCAACAGAUACAUCCACUCGUACGACUGCCUGCUGGACGAUCCCUUCGAGCACAGAUGGCCCAAACUCCCAGAACUGCCUGGGAUCAACUACUCCAUGGACGAGCAGUGCCGCUUCGACUUCGGCGUCGGCUACAAGAUGUGCACAGCUUUUCGGACGUACGACCCCUGCAAGCAGCUGUGGUGCAGCCACCCCGACAACCAGUAUUUCUGCAAAACCAAGAAGGGCCCCCCAGUGGAUGGUACAGAAUGUGCGCCUGGCAAGUGGUGCUUCAAGGGCCACUGCAUCUGGAAAUCGGCUCACCAGCCUUACGGCCACGAUGGGAACUGGGGUUCCUGGAGUAAAUUUGGCUCCUGCUCGCGGACCUGUGGCGGCGGAGUGCGCUCCCGGAGCCGGCAGUGCGACAACCCCCCACCAGCCUAUGGCGGAAGAGAUUGUCCUGGAUCUGCAUUUGAUUAUCAGAUGUGCAGCGUGGAGGACUGUCCUGGGCCCUACGAGGAUUUCCGCGCUCAGCAGUGCGUCCAGCGGAGCAACAAAUACCACCAGAAUAUGAAGCACACCUGGCUUCCAUACGAGCACCCCGAUGAGGCCCACAAGUGUGAGCUCAGUUGCCGCUCCAAGGAGACGGGAGAGGUGGUCUUCAUGAACCAGGUGAUGCAUGACGGCACGCGCUGCAGCUACGCAGACCCCUUCAGCAUCUGCGCCCGUGGGGAGUGUCUGCAUGUGGGCUGUGACAAGGAGUUCGGCUCGUACAAGCAGGAGGACAAGUGCGGCGUGUGCGGCGGCGACAACUCGCACUGCCGCACCGUCAAACUGACGCUCGCCAAGACACCAAAGAAAGCAGGGAUGUUGAAAAUGUUUGAUAUUCCGGCUGGAGCCAGACACAUUGUCAUAGAGGAAAAUGAAACGUCUCCUCACAUCAUAGCUGUGAAAAAUCAGGUCACCGGUCACUUCAUACUCAAUGAGAAAAGCGGGGAGGCCAAGUCCAAAACCUUCAUCGAAAACGGCUUGGAAUGGGAGUAUGGCAUCGGGAGCGACAAGGAAAGUCUGAAGACUGCCGGGCCUCUCCACGAAGGGAUUGUUGUGCUGGUCGUUCCUCAAGAGGAUGACUCCAAGAUCAGCCUUACGUACAAAUACAUUAUUCACGAGGACCUUCUGCCGGUCAUCACCAAUAACAACGUCCUCCUGGCCGAGCUGGACACCUAUGAGUGGGCCUUGAAAAGUUGGUCGCAGUGCUCCAAACCCUGUGGGGGAGGCAUACAGUACACGAAAUAUGGCUGUAGGAGGAAGAGCGACAGCCGACUUGUACAUCGCAACUUCUGUGAGACGGGCAAGAAGCCGAAGCCGAUCCGAAAGAGGUGCAACGUCAAUGAAUGCAGCCUGCCCAUGUGGGUGGUAGAGGACUGGAGCCCAUGCAGCAGGACGUGUGGGAAGGCGGGCUACCAGUCAAGGGUGGUGCAGUGCAUUCAGACUCUGAGCAACGGCACCAGCCGCGCAGUGCAUACCAAGAACUGCCCAGAGGCGCGGCCGGAGGCGCGGAGAACGUGUAACCGCACUGCCUGUCCCGCGCAGUGGAGGACAGGCGCCUGGUCCCAGUGCUCUGUCAGCUGUGGGGAGGGGAUUCAGCAGCGUCAAGUGGUGUGUCGUACAACGGACAACACAGCGGGCCAGUGUGCGGGAUCCAAGCCUGACGCAGUGAUGGUCUGCAAGAUGCCACCUUGUCCAGGACUUUUGGUAUCGCCCUCCCCCAGCAUGGGACCAGCUGAGAGCGUGACCAUGAAGUCUGAAGAAAGUUCCAAGAGAGAACCAGAGCAUCCUGUUAACAAGAUAUCUUUAAAUGAGCCAUGUCUGGGAGAUAAAUCUAUAUUCUGUCAAAUGGAGGUUCUUGCACGCUACUGCACCAUUCCAGGCUAUAAUAAGCUCUGCUGCGAGUCUUGCAGCAAAAAAUCAAGCCCCACUGUGGGUCCACAUGGCGCGGACUCACGUGCUUCCAAGGACGGGUAUUCUGGGACUCCCAUCCAGGCAGGUCCCCCUCCUCCCUCCACACGGACUAAUCCCUCGACCACCCCGAGUCCGCCCACGGGGACUAAAGCCACUCCAACCAGACUAAGCUCAACCUCGAAGGGCCUGACCAUCACGCCGAGUCUCAGGCCCACAAUCAUCUCAUCGACCAGCGGCCCCGCCACCUCCAGGAAGCCUACCGAUGGCACCCCCACAACCCGCAGGAGAGUUUCGGAUGCCCCUUCAACUCUACCUCCAGGCUUAAGUACUGCUUCCCACCGGCCUACCUCAGACUACACCCCAAACAGCACUUUAGGCUCUUUCAGCGCUGCCAGGUCAAGAAGGGAUGAGUCGGGUUUGGAGAGGGAUUGGACACACAGGUCUUUGCCUGUGGUGACAUGAGCGCCGACGCCGUCUGUGAAUGAGCUCCUCGGUGAAAUGUCGCGCUCAUCAGUCAUAACUAGACCCUUCCUGGCCAAUUGCAUUGGACUCUCAACCGGUUGCUGCAAGUUACAUUUCCAUGCCAGUGGACUCAGACCAGUAACGUUUACCUCAAAAACAGUGGAGCGAACAACACGAGAAAGCCUAGCGUCGAGCACCGCGCACAGUCGCGCGGGAAGCAAUAAGAAACCAAGGUGCUGUGAACAUAACGGGCAUGCCAAAAAAUCACGCCCGCGUCGCUAACGUCUUCUCCCCAUCCAUGUGCGACCACACUAACCUAUUUCCACGUGCAUCAGAAUUACUACUAUUUCAAUACUUAGGUUAUGAAUACGUGCGGUGUGGGCGGAGCCGUGGUAGCCGUGGUAACCAGAAGUGACGUAAUGCUUGACUGGGAGCUGUAACCUCUCCCCUUGGUGCUCUAAUAUAUCGUUCCCCCAAAGAAGAAGCCUGAAAUAUAGGCUGUGUUACUCAGCAGCGAUGCAUGUCGGGUGUCCUACUGUAGCACGUCUGCCAUCUUUUCAUGGGGUUUGCGCGUGCUUUGAAGAAACAUGUAUUUGGAUAUUUUUUUAACUGAAAUAUUUUUUUCAAGUAAUACUGUAUAUAGUGUAAAUUUCAGCAAACCUAUUGAAAGCAAAAGAAUUAACAACAGUGUAAUGUAAAUUUUAACGUAAUUGGGAAAAACAGAACAGUUACUGUAAGUUUAGCGGAUGUGGUUGGUCGGAUGGCCACGCCCAGCUGCUCGUUAUAGUCGGCUAUUUCCAGUCUUGCCGUUCAUAGCUUCAUUAUUUGUUUUGUAUAGUUCUUGUAUAUACAUGGAAUGAGAGCUUUAAAUAUUGAUAUUUAUUAAAAUUUCACAGUGGUAGGAAACGGCUAAA